GCGCUGGCGGCGGCGGCGAGUCGGGGAAGCCCUGCCUGGCUGUAAGAUGGCGGCAUCCAGCCUGCGCCCCUGCUAGGAGCUCCGCCAGCCCCCGGCCCGGGUCCGCUUCGCGCCGCUUCGGCUUCUGCCCCGGCCCCCUGGCAUGCUGCGCCCCCGCGCCGGCCCCUCCGCGCCCGGGUCUUGCCAUCGGCGGGGAAGCGCCAGGUUGCUGAAAAGUGCCUUUCCUGAAGCCACUGCUGCUUGGAUUUCUGUCUAAGGCUGCCUCUCUCUCCCCCUCCCCCCAACCCCCCCCUUUUUUUUUAAAUUUGGCGUUGCUUGCAGUUCAUACCCUAACGGCAACUCAUCCAUCCCCGCCCCCCCCGUUUUUCCUUUUUACACUCUGUUCACUCAGCCAUUUUUUUUCCUUCCCGAGUAUGUAGCAAAUAUUUUUGAGUGAUAACAUCCUUUCGCUCCUUUUAAUACUCGCGAAUUGUCAUUUUUAGAAUCAAGAAAUAAAAGGGAGAAAAAAAAGUUUUCUGCCCAAGGACCGAGACCAUUCCGCAAACAGAAGCGCUGCCAGCCGCAUAUGCUUUUUGCAAGAAUAAUUGAAACCAUUAACUGGAGAGCACAGAAGUCUUUUGAAAGUCUGCCAGUUAUUUUCAAGUAACUUUGGCAGUGGCACAAAAUAUAACACUUAUAUUUUAACUUCUACAAUUGCACUUUUAGGAGCUGGCCUCUCAUUUGAUUUUCAGUUAUUCUGAUAAGAUUUCUAUUUUAUGAUUGGCUUUAUGUUUAAUUCUUGUUGAAACAAACACAAUUUGACUUAAAUGAAAACCUAAGUGCUGACGAAUAGAAAUUUUACCAAAGCAACAAGUUCGUUAUUUCUUCACAUUUAACUUGAAUUCACUUUUUUACCCUUUUUAAAAAAAACAGCAGUAACAUUGUCCUAAAGAAGGGUGUGAUUGCUUGCGUUUUAAUUUUUGUUUUUAAUAUGGCUGUAAACGUUUCCCUGGUUCGUGAUACAAAAUGGCUGACUUUAGAAGUAUGUCGAGAAUUUCAGAGAGGUACUUGUUCUCGAUCUGAUGCAGAGUGCAAGUUUGCCCAUCCGUCACGGAGUUGCCAUGUGGAAAAUGGUCGAGUUAUUGCCUGCUUUGACUCUCUAAAGGGCCGGUGUACUCGAGAGAACUGCAAAUAUCUUCACCCUCCCCCGCACUUAAAAACACAGCUCGAAAUAAAUGGACGCAACAAUCUGAUCCAGCAAAAGACCGCGGCAGCCAUGUUUGCACAGCAGAUGCAGUUCAUGUUACCCGGCGCUCAACUACAGCCAAUUACUACGUUUCCUGUGACUCCAUCACUUGCAACUAGUCCCACCAUGGCUUUUAGUCCCUACCUAAGUCAUGUUUCUCCUGGGAUGGGCUUGGUUCCUGCAGAACUUUUACCAAAUACGCCUGUCUUGGUUUCCGGGAAUCCUACUGUUACAGUACCGGGAGGCUCUGUUGCUCAGAAACUGAUGCGUACAGAUAAACUGGAGGUUUGCCGAGAGUUUCAGCGUGGAAAUUGCACUCGGGGUGAGAAUGAUUGCCGUUACGCUCACCCCAUAGAUAUUGCAAUGAUAGACACAAACGAAAACACUGUUACAGUUUGCAUGGAUUACAUCAAAGGCCGAUGCUCUAGGGAGAAAUGCAAGUACUUUCAUCCCCCUGCACACCUGCAAGCCAAAAUCAAGGCAGCUCAACACCAGGUGAACCAGACAGCUGCAACUGCAAUGGCCCUGCCGCCUGGUGCACUUCAACCUUUACCAAAGAGGCCAGCACUUGAAAAAAACAAUGGUGCCACCACAGUCUUUAACCCAAGCGUUUUCCACUACCAACAGGCUCUAGCUAACAUGCAGUUGCAACAGCCUACAUUUAUCCCUACAGGGUCAGUACUGUGCAUGACACCCACUGCAAGCGUUGUGCCCAUGAUGCACGGUGCUACGCCCACCACUGUGUCUGCAGCAACAACACCUGCCACCAGCGUCCCCUUCGCUGCAACGGCUACAGCCAAUCAGAUAUCCCAGUUAUCAGUAGAUGAACUGAGUAGCAGCAUGUUUGUUUCACAGAUGUAGAAGUUACCGAUAGAACACAGACUAUGUUGAAAUUCUGAAGAGUAAAAUUACGGAGUUCCAGGACUUCUCGGUGGGAAGCUGCACAUGGCCUUUCUGUAUAUAUUCCCUCCUCCCUCAUUUCUUCCUCGACCACCUCUACAGUAAGCCUGUUGCAGCCUACAUGUUAACCAAAAACUGAUCAAUGGGAAUGUCAAAAAAAAAAAAAAAAAAAAAAAAGCACUAUAGAAACAAUUAACAAACAGCGCUCUGUUAUAUGAGAUAUACAAGUAGACAAUUAUAAUAGACUUUUAUAACACAUUACUUUAACACACGUAAUCAUUUUAUGACUACCAUCAUAAGUGCAUCUGCACAGUGGACUGUUGGUUUACUGUAUACUAUCGAUGGAUAAAUGUUUGUCUUGUUUUUAAAGUGUUAUCUUACUGUUUUGUUUACAUCAUAGUCUAUGGAUUUGUUUUAAAGUGUACAUCAUUAUCAAGUAUACUCAAUACCAUUUUUUUCAUUAUUGUUAUGUCUUAAGUUUUCAUAUACUGUAGUUUUCUGGGUUGGGGGGGAGAUAUUUUUGUUUUGGGGUUUUGGUUUUUUUACUAAAAAUGUUACAGUGGGAAACAGGAAUUAUGUGCUUGAAAAACACGACACAAGAAUGUUCUGUCCUUUUCUAUAGUGUGGUUGUUUUCAUCAGCUUACAUUGCUUGUUUUAAAUGGCUCCUUUUAAGAUCUGGAAUUUGCCUUCAAGGAGAGUGUCAGAUUUAUGUGUUAUGAAGGGACAGCAGACCUGUUAGCUCAGUUCACGGGUUUUACUAAGUGAGUUGAGUCUGGCUUCCUGAAAAGAGAAACUUUGCUACGUAAUAAACAAAAAACAUACUCAGUAAAAAGUUAGAUAUCAGCUGAAGGGGGAGAUUUAUUCAGAAAGCAUCAGAAAACAAGGAAUGACUCCAGUUUUGCUGUCCAUUGCAGUGCCAUUCUUAGCUCCAAACGGCACACCGUUUUUCUUGCUAUUUAAGUGGUGCUAUUAAAAAAAACCUCCCACAAAACAGAUGAGUAAGUGAUGAGAGAGAUUCAGAGGGGUAAAGGAUACCCCCCCCCAAUCCCCCGAGGAAACGUAGCUGUAGUCCCCUUGAAACACAGAGACGUAGACCUGGAAUGGGUAAUUUUGAUUUAAAAUUAUGAAAAUACCCACACACACACACUCUGCCUAGGGAAGAUGGUGCCACCCAGUUGCCCUUGUCUCCACUAAGUGCGCAGCAGAAUUCAUUGGGAAAUUUGGUGGGGGCAUUCCCUGACAUUUCAUCAGCCUACCCCCGUAAUGUACUUUACCUUUAAGUCAGAGACAUUCCCCAAGAGCAAAAACAAAUAAAGAACAAGCAACAAAGACAACGACCCUUGAGUUUACCAGGCCUAGAUGGUUUUCAGAGAUUUAUCUCCUUGGAUCAGUGGAUGCAUUUUGGCAUCUUUUGUUUGAUCAGGAGCGAUGAGUAAACUGAAGGAUGACCAACUCCCCACGCCCUGCCCAGCACACACUGCCAUUCUGUCCAGCUGCUGACUUCGUUCACCAGAAAACAAAUCUUGGCUUGGCUAAAGCAGGGAUGCCGCUGCCACGUUCAUCCCCAGCAUAAGUCCACUGACAUCAGUGGAGUUAUGCCAGAGAUGUAUUUGGCCUAUAAGUCUCUGAAUAAUUGAAGAGUGUCAACAGCAAGUAAUUGUUCAAGGACAUGCAAGGGGGCAUUAGGAGACUUUGGACAAAAUAUCAGGAAAAAACACCGGAAAGCGAGAUCAGUUAGUACGUGGAAUAGCCUCCCACGUGACGUAGUUUGGCACUGUGAACCGAGAUCAAUGUGGGUUGAGGACGUGUCCCCUAUAAACAGUCCUGCACUGGCAGAGGGGGUGCUCCAAACACCCUGGCUGGCCUUUGCCAUCUGUGAGGGGCUAGUUUUUCCUCUAUUGGCUGGAGAGCUGCUGCUGAAUCAGCACCGGAAUAUCCCUACCCCUCUGCUGUAAAAGGCACGAACCCAGUUCCCGAGAGGCUAACCCUGUAUGUCCAAAGGCCGAGCUGCUUAUAAACACAAUGGAGUCUGGUGAUUGCUGAGGAAAGCAGAGGGGCAGUGAUAUUACGGCGGUAACAACCGCACGUUCGAGAUAAAAUUAACAGGUUCACUUUUUAACUUCUCACAUUAGAGGCCAGAGCCUUCCCCUCCCCUGCCCCUCCCGAGGGAAGGUGCGAUGCCCUCCAUUUUGUGCCAGGAAAAUGUGGGCAGUCUGGGCCGCUUGUUCUGUGGUGGUUUAAGGGCCUGGGCCUCUGAUGUGUGGAGCGUCUUCUGGAAGGGCACCGAUCAUUCGGAGCCUAGUGAGGUCAAUGGAGUUGAAAGCCCUCGGCAUCUCUGAGGAUCGGGUCCUUACAACCCCAAGUACGAGUGCCACCCUGAACUCCCAUUGGCUGAGUGGUCGUCUUGUUGUGUGAUUUCUGACACACGCAUUUUUAUCUCCUUUUUGAUUCCUCACAUUGUGUAGUAAAUGUCCUUGUCCCGUCACCUGGCCCUUUCACCUGAGCACUUACAGAUGUUUGCUAACAUUACCAAUAACAGGUGCAAGUUAUGGGUACCUGCUAGACACAACUGGAGCGUCACUUUAUGAUCUAGCUUUGGUUCCUUCAGAAACAAGACCCCAUGUAGAGUCCAUAGUCAGUUCACAUAGGGCCUGAACCAAGGGGAAUCUUCCUGUUGACUUCAGUGGGCUUUGGAUCAGGCCCUAAGGAACAAAAUAUGGUAAUCUAUUAGCCAGCCUCACGUAUUAACCUUUGCUUGUGUCCUUACACAUUCCCCAGCUGUCAGCAUUCAAAACAUACGGUGUUGCCUGAAACUAGCAACUCUAAUAUAUGUUGGCUAUGGAAUACCUGUUCUUUUAACCACUGAGUUUCUGUUUCCCAAAAUCAUAACAUUGUUAGUGGAAAAAGUGGAUUUGAGUACUUCCUGUUGAAAUUAUUUGUGUAUCAAAAUGGGUUUUGCACAACCUGUGCCAGUGCCUCAACAAAGAACAGACCUGAUCUUCGUAAGCCAGAAAUGAUGUGUUCAAGCUUGUAUGGCUUUAUGGGUUAAAGGAGGUUGGAACAUUUUCAGUGCUAAAUGGAUUUUUGUAUAUCUUGACACUUUGAUGUAACCUCCUAUUUUAUUUAACUACUUAAACAUCUGGCAUAGAUGUGCAUAGAAUGUAAACCUAGAAUACGGCUGUUUUCAUGUCACAUUUAAAGCACUGAAAAAAAAUUAAGGAUUAUUUUUUAGUAAAGAGGUCCAAUGAGGGAUGUUCAGGGUAGAUAUAUUAGGUGCCACAACAGUUUUUAUAUUGCUGGCAGAUUUAGAGUUCACUUUUAAGUGAGUUUAAGGAAAGAAAAGCUUGAAGCACUAAAACUUCACCAAAUUCAAAACAAUCUCGGCAAAAAUGCCAUUUUGAGGUAGCACUAUUUAAACGAGUUGUGCAAUGAUUUGCUCUAAUUUUCUUUGUUCAAAAAAGAAAACCAGUCGCCAGACUAUAAAUUUCCUAAAUAGAUGCAUUCUAUUACAAAGUCACCGCGCUAGUUCGUGACUCUAAAGAAAUGUCAUAAAAGCAUGGAUUUCGUCCUUUAUUUGACAAGAGAUGUAUGUAAGUUUGUUUAAAUCAAUAUAAUUUUAGUGACAUUUUUAUAAGCUUCCCACUUUCCAUGAACCUAUAUUUUUUAUUUAUCCAAAGUUAUUUCUCUUUGUCCAUUUCUCUCAGCCUUAUGCAAACAAUAUGCAAGAAAUGCUGAAACUUGGAUAAAACGGGUCAUGCAGAGGGAAAAUGAAAGCUGAGAAUGAUCAUUUUCAUAAAAAGGUUGUUAGUAGUUUCAAUACAAAAAAUACUGCUACUAAACUGUAACAUAAGCAGACAAUAAGAGGGAUUUAAAAUAAAGUAGAUUCAUAAAACUAUUAAAAUUAUUUUUGUUAACUUCAGUGUUUUUAGUGAUUGGAAUCUGAUUUUGCAAUCAACCAUGUUUUUUAUUUUUAAAUUUCUAGUGGAUGAUUUUUGUCUUUGUAUUUUUGCAUCACCAUGUUAGAGAAAUCGUUACCUCUCUGGCCACAUCCGCUUCGUUCCAUUCCUGAGCACUCUGAAGCACUUUUCUCUCUGCCAUAAGUGUCGUCUCGUACUGCACUCAGAGUGGUCUCAAAUGGACGGUGCUGGCUGGCUGCACUCUGCAAAACAAAACCUUUGCGCUCCCUGGGUGGCUUAUGGAACAGUCUCCGUUCCUGUGAGGUGUUCUCUCAACAUACAGUCAGCUACAAAACACAGGUUAGAGUCCAAUGAAAAUGACUUUGUUAUACUCUAGCUGCACAAACAAUAAACACAACGUAUAUGAAUAUGUGACUGUUGUAGAUACAUCUGGCCAGAUAAUGAGAUGCAUGUAUCUGAUCAAAUGUGUUCAUAAACUCACGUAUUCCUUCAUAAUGCAGUAGAAUAGGCUAUAGAACAUGCUAGUACACAGAAUGAUUGAGAAACUGGAGUCCUCAUUUUUUAUCCCUUGUACAUUUCACAUACAUGAAAAUUGAAAAAGGUGAAAUUUAUGAGGAAAAUCUAAUUUCCCAUUCCUGUUGAAUGGAUUUAGUGUGAUAUUGACCUGAUUUUACCAUGUGCCUGUUGAAGGCCUUAGAAUAUAUACUGUAUGUUAAUGACUGUAAUAACUUUAAAAAAAUUAGUUGAUAGCCUAAUCAAAAUGUAAAUAUAGCUACAACACAUAGUUACUAGGCAUCAACACAUUAAUUCGUGUCACAUAUUUUCAUUUCUUUACUGUUAGUUUUUAAGGUUUUCAUUAUUGCUUUUUGAUAUCUUUAGUAACGAAUGAAUUUAAUUUUGAAGGAGAAUUAGAGAAAGUUUAAGAUUUUUAAUACAUGUAUUCAACCCAUUUAGUUAUAUUCUAAACCAAUACUGAAGCAUGAUAAGGUAUAGAAUAUAGUCCAUAACUAGUUUGUAUAGUUUACAGUUUAAGAACAAAAUUAACUUUGUAUGUAACUCCUACAAUGAUAGAUUCAUUGUUAACUAAUUAUAUUAAGUUGUUGUUGCUAUGGCAACAAAACUACAACAUGGCUACCUUUGUAUACAUUAUUUGUGAAAUUUUCACAUGUAAAUUAAAAGUGAUGUGUAACAGUAUGAGCUUGUUAAAGGUACAGUUCGAUACUGUCAGAUAAAGAUAUGAUUGAAUAUUUUUAAAAUCCCAAAGUCCCAUGUGAAAGCUGAAUUUGUGUCUUUAGGUCACUUUUUCAGUCAAGAAGUUUACAACACAUGGAUUUAGAGUCAGGUUUUAUAGCUUGUAGAAAUUGUUGUGUGGCUAGGGUUAUUCCACAGUAUUUUAGGUUUUAAAACGUAACACCCAGCAUUUACAAUACAUUAACUGGUCUUUAUUUCAUUUCAUGUUGAUCAUCAUUGUGUGAAUUCAUAAGUAACCAGUUUAAGUACUGUAGUCUGACUGCAAUUAUUAUUUUUCCUGAAAUUGAAUACUCACACGAUUAUGUUAAAAUCAGGGCUAAAUAAUUAAACAUAUGAAUAUUUUAAUACUAAUUUAUAUUAGCAAAACCUGUACAUAAGAAAAAUAUUGUGGAAUGACCCCGUAACAGUGUUGAAGAUACAAAUAUGCUGCAGUUAAACUGAUUCAGUUAGUGUACGAAUGUGUGAGACACACCUUUUUUGCACUUAUGUACAUAGUCCACGAAAGAAAUCCUUGGAACUUAUUUUGAAUAUAAAAAGUCUGUAAUAAUACAGGAAAAGUUUGUAAAAGAGAUAGGUAUUACUAAGGCUUUGAAAAGGAGGAGUUUUUUGCUAUAAAACUUAUCUGAAAGCAUGAUGUUGCUUUGCUGUUGUAAAAGCUUUGUAGUUUGCCAUAGCUUACUAUACAGCAGACUGAUAACAGGUCAGCUUCAACCUGCAGCACCGAAAAUGGGAAACAGUACUUAAUUAAUUAGUAAGGUCAUUAGCAAAGAUUUGAAUUGCUUUUAUAGCAGCCUACAUUUUAAAACACAUUCUAGAUCAUGGUUUUUAUAAGAAGUUGUGCUCACUAUGAAUCAUGUUUCUGCUAGCCCCUAAUCUUUCUAGCCAAUACUGUUUUUAUCUAUGAUAGAUUCGCGAAACUGAACGAUAGCCAUUCAUUGGGGAUUUUAUCCGCACGGAAUGUGGAAGCUGGGAGAGACAUUUCAAGAGCUUACCAAGUUUUAAGGGAGCAAUAAAGUUGGGGAUUGGCCCUGCUUUGAGCAGGGGGUUGGACUAGAUACCUCCUGAGGUCCCUUCCAACCCUGAUAUUCUAUGAUUCUAAGCACGUGGUGGAACUUAGGUUGUUUACGAUUGUCUUGGGAUACUUGUCUGCUGCUGCUGAACUGCCUUGGCGUUUGUUAGCGCGAGAGCUGUUGAUCCAGGGGCAGUGUUCUGUCAUGCCGCCUGGAUUGCUUGGUGGGGGAGGUUCCAUUGUGGCCUGGUGGGCUGGGAGGUUGGAAUGCGAAUGCUGAUCACUGCAGUGGUGUUAGCCUGUUGCAUGGGUUAAAGUAGAGGAGGGAGCAGGGAACUCAGCUUCCCCUCUGCCCCUUCCUCAGCGCCCUCUCCUCCUUGAGUGAGCAGAUUCCCCAUCACCGGACAGGCUCCACCCCCCUCCAGGGACGGGGAGAAACUGGGACACGCCGUACCUGCAUCUUCUCGCUUUCCCUACUGCAAGGAAAGGUGGAUAAAUAACACCCAGAUCUGACGUUUAAAAAAAUCUCUCUUGUAGUCUCUUCAAAUGGCCUCAAAUUCUGUCAGCUGCAUCCAGCCGUUCUGGGGCGGAAUCCACCCAAGCCCGCCAUGCACUUUGGUUUUGCAUUAGUGCACUUCCUCCAUGCUGGUGGAGUGUAAAUGAUGGAUUGUCUGGAAGCGGGGGAGGGAAUCCCAGGGACGUGCCCGGCUCUGUGCACGGCAGGUGCACCCAUCAUUUCGCUUGCCUCGCUCCAGGCCUGCUGGGGGAAAUGAGCUCAUCUUCUCCCCCUGCUCGUCCUCUGGCUGAAUCCUGUCACCAGCAAAUGGGACAGUGACGUGACCAUCAAAACCAGUGUCGCCAGCCCCUAGAGUUGGUGAGCUCCCUCACCUCUUGCCAUCUGCUUUAGCCACUGCUUGCAGAGCAGCAUCACAGCUAGUCGGCAACUCAGCACGUAAAACCCCAGUGUUCAUGCAGCGCUGCCGAGGACAAAAGGCUGUGGAUGGGCGGAAGGCUGGGUUGGGAGGUGUCUUUACUUUCACCAGUAAGGGACAGAAAUCUGAUUGGCUAGCAGAUAUUUCUAAUAGGGCCCACUCCUGCAUCUCCUGUGCUCCAGACUUCCCAUUGAUUUCCUGGGGAGCGUAGGCUGGGCAAGGAUUGUAGAACAGUGCUCUCAGCGUAACAUAUAAUAACUCACCCUGUUAGGAACUCCCAUCAGAGCCGUAUACCGCUCUGCCCCUAGAAGUGUAUUUGUACGCCUGGCUGCUUGCCCUUCCGUGCCUUAUUGCAACGGCAUCAUUUGCUAAAAUAAAAUGUUAAAAUACUAAUGAUGGGGAGGAAAAGAUUCAUGGUUUAAAAUAUCGUUUCCCCAUAGUAGAUGGCUGGGACCCAAAGGCAGGGGAAAGCCUGGGAUUCUUUUCCUGAUUUUUAGUUAGACCUGCAUUGUACAAUCACCAAAAGUCAACUCAAACCAAUAGCAUCGUGGAACAGAAAAUCCUGGCGGGUCUCUGAAAAGGCUGGGUUAGACCUUCACAUUGGGUUAAAUGUCCCAGAUCAGCAUUGUGUAGUAGAAGUGGCUGGUAGUUCUGAUAUUUUCCCCCCAGCCGUCAAUUUUAGCUCCUGAGCCUUCAUUCCUUCCUGGGAGUUCGAAGAACUGGGUUUUGUGUCUCACUAAGGAAGGUAGGACUGCUGCCGUUGGAUGUUCACAGGGCCAGAUUCUGCCAUCAGUUAGGCCCCAGUUUGGCAAAGUACUUAAGGGCGUGCCUAAUUUUUGAAGUAGGUGAGUUGUCCUUAGACCCAGGCAAUCCCAUUGACCUCAGCAGGGUAACAUGAGUGUAACUAAAGGUCGAAUUCAUCCUGUCGUCUUUCAAAGUGAAAUAAAUGAGGGAAAACGUUUUGGAGUUGUUGGCUCUUUCAUGGGCCCCAUCAAAAUCUAGGUUUGGCUACUGUAAUGAGCUAGUUGGCACCAGUGCAUUAUUGUGUAACAAUGCAUGCCUGCAGGCCAGUGAGCGCUCUCCUUUGUUGUAAGUCUUUUUUAUAAUUAAGCGCGUUCUCCUUUGCAGGAUAAUUAAACAAAAAUACUUUGCACUAUGUGAAAUGAAUCACAACCAGUAAAACUUUUUUCCACUAGGGUAAAAGAAGACCCUUUAAUCACAACACCACAGCUAAAAUCUUUGCUAGUGACCUUUACAGCCAUAUUCUCUAUCAUCAAAAUAAAAACUGCACAUGCCUCUCGAAUGAGAUAUUUAAACAUGCAAAAAUAACACAACUACUAAAUAAAACUAAGUUUUUAUCCAAACACACAACAGAGAGAAUUACCUGACACAGAAUUACAAGGUUCCAGUUCUUUAUUACUGUACACAAAUGCUAUUUGAUAGUGGUGGAAGCCAAAUGAUUUUGUUGCCAUGGCUUUUGUAUCCUAGCAGAUGAGGGGAUGACGUGACCAUUCUUAGAUAGGCUUGUGGGAUUUUUUUUCAAAUUAGAUUUUAUUAUUAUUUUAAAUCAUUAAAAAACCCAUCCAUUGUUAUGUCAUUUGACACUAGAUCACCCGUUAAAAAAUAAUAAUAGAGAAUUGUAUUUUAGGCAAUCACUAAAAUCAGGAAGAGAAUGUUCUCCUAAAUUUUCAAUUUUUAAUUUACAUAAAUAGAACAUUAAUAUUAUUGUCCUGUAUAAAGUAGAUACGGAAGCACAUUCUUCUUUUCCUAGAUACUUCUGGUAAAACUUAAAGUAAGGGAAUCAUUAGACAGAUGUCAAUUUAAUUUAAUGAAAUAGUUUUAGAUUUAAAAAAAAUACUGCUAGCCCUGUGGAAUUGUAACAAAUUAAAAUAUCAUCAGCAAAUCCCAACAGAUAAAGACUAUUGUGAUAUUUCAGUUCCAGAACAUAAUAUAGUUCAUUCCCUCAACUGCUAUCAACAAGGUGUACGCUUUGAAUUUAUUUUUCUUUUUGCCACAUUAUAUUGCUGUAGUGCUUGUAUGUGCUUUAGUAAUGUGCAUAAUGCUACUCAUUUUAGUAUGUUACUUCUAUAUUGUUAUUGUUUAUUUUUUGAUCUUUUAAUAAAGUGUAUAAAAUUC